AUGCGAGUGCAGGACCUCAUUUCUCAUGUUGAGGAACUCUGUGCCGAUCUUGAAAAUGAAAAAAGGGGGUUCCGCCAUCAGAAGAAAUUGGCCGAGGUUUAUGAGGAGGAGGCUGAAAGUCGUCGGAGUAAGCUGGAAGAUGAACAGAGAAAGAAGUUUCUGGACGAUUUUGUUCAAGGGCAACAAAAUGGCGGUCGUUCAGCAGCGAAGGCGCUCAUCGAAGCUGUUCAAGGGCAUGUCCAAGAAGUCAACCCCGGUUCCAGCCCGAAUAUCCAAUACUAUAUCCGAGUGUACGCGAACGUGGCUGGCUUGACAAAGAUCUAUCGCGAUACGGGUACCAUCAGUCCCAACGAGACUCUGGAUUUAUUUAUCCGGGGGUUUAACAUGGAGAAUGUUCUGUGUGACUUUGUGAAUGCUGGCAGCGGAAAGGAGUGUGUCGAUGUGAAGAUUCAAGCACACUUUAAGAGCGAUAUAAUGAAUAGUCAUUGUCAGCACAUUGUCUUUUGUGGCUCUGCGGAUAACGGUUAUGCCCGUAUAUUAGAUUCUCAUCGUGAAUCGAAUCGGAUUUCCCUGGUAGAAGGCCCACCGUUUGCGCAUGAACUUAGGGCUUUGGUACCGUAUUUCAAGACAGCUUCUUUUCCUACGGUAUUCAGAUCGAAGAAACUACUAUCUAGAAGGGUGUCUUUUGGUGGCACUUCCACGACGCCGGCAAUCACGCCGCCACGUACGCCGACCCCAAACUACGCCUCCAUAGCGAAGACACCUGUCGAAGAGAUCAUCUCGACAACAAAUUCGCCAACAGAUAUCCGAAAAUCCAAUAAUCCGAAGCUUAUUGUUUGUAAGAACGCCAGCGGUCAUCGAGUUGAUCCUUAUUUGCGCUUUUCGUCAAAGUCGAAAAUUGAGGAUCUGAAGCAACAUAAAUUUUGCAACCAGUUUCACAUAUUGGGUUGGUGCUCAUAUGGAGAGGGCUGUACCCAUAAACAUAAACCGAAGCUUGUGGGUCAAGAUGUACUUGAUCUAAUGUGGAUCGCCCGCUUGAGCCUUUGUCCAAAGGGCCUGGGAUGUGAUGAUGAGAAUUGUGUUAGUGGGCAUCGGUGCCCGCAGAAGACUUGUACGGUUCAGGGUUGCAAGUUUCCUCACAAUGUUGACACCAAAAUUGUCGCUCACGGAUAG